AUGGUUUGUGGUUGUCGGAAGUCAAUCAUUUCUGUCCUGAACAUCACUGUAGGAGUUCCUCAGAGUACUGUCCCAGUCCAAACCGUCUUCAGCUGCUUCAUCAAUGACCUUUUCUUCAUCAUGAGGUUGAAGAUUUCCAAGAUUAUUGUAGUUGGAGACUUGUCAGUUGGAAAAACAUGCUUAAUCAAUCGAUUCUGCAAGGACACAUUUGACAAGAAUUACAAAGCUACUAUCGGGGUGGAUUUUGAGAUGGAGCGGUUUGAAGUAUUGGGAGUUCCCUUCAGUUUGCAACUGUGGGACACGGCAGGACAAGAAAGAUUCAAGUGUAUCGCAUCCACGUACUACAGAGGUGCACAAGCGAUAAUAAUUGUAUUUGAUGUCAAUGACGUAGCAUCAUUGGAUCACGUAAAACAAUGGUUGAGAGAUGCCCUUAAGGAAAAUGACCCCACCUCUGUCCUGUUGUUUUUAGUUGGGACAAAGAAAGACCUUAGCUCAGCUGCCCAGUAUAAUUUGAUAGAGAAAGAUGCCAUCAAAAUUGCCAAGGAAAUAAAAGCUGAAUAUUGGGCAGUGUCCUCUCUAACAGGAGCGAAUGUAAAAGAGUUCUUCUUCAGGGUUGCAUCGUUGACCUUCGAAGCUAAUGUACUGGCUGAGCUAGAAAAGACUGGCCCCAGGAAGAUUGGGGAUGUUGUUCGCAUCAACAGCAAUGACACAAACCUGUUUAAAAAUGCAAAGAAAUCCAAGCCUAAUUGCUGUCAAUGACAGAGAGCCGCACUGCCAUUCUAACAGGUUACAUGUUGCACUGCGUUCAUUUUUAACCAAAGUUUUCUCACAUCAACAAAAUGUCACCAGCCACUUACGAUUGCCUUUAUAAUGCAUAUCAAUGUUAAGAGAUUAAAGAGAAAUGUCAUUCAGGCGAUAUGCCCAGCAAGGAACCCUGUCCAUUUGCAAAUACUGCUGUCAAGCCUUUCCCAUGUAUUUCAAUCCUGCAACAUGUCAUAAUCAUCAAUGGAAAAAGGUAACAUUCCCAUGAACUGAAGCUCACUUUGAUGUCAAUUGGGUUGAACUCUGUUGUAACCAGGAAGAAAAACAUUGUUGAAGAUUUUGUGCCUCACACUGCUGACUUAGGACAAAAAUAAAGAGCAAAUGUCUGAGACGGAAACUAGAACAAGGUACCCACCAAAAUUCCUCUUGGGGGUUUUCCUGGUUUUAUAUAUGGUGCAUAACAAGAUGUGGAAAACUGGGCAUUGAGUCUCACAGAUUCUUAAAUGAGUUCAUUCAAUUGAUAAUCAUUUACAAUAUUAGAGAGAAAAAUGGAUGGUCUCUCUUACAUGCUGAUUUUUCUGCAUUUGUCUCUACUGAGUAAUCCAUAGCCCCAGGUGCAGGACCAGGAAAAUACCGUAUUUGACAGUACAAGAAGACUCUGCAAGAUUGCACGAAGGAGCGUCAUCAACGAUACUGUAUUCCCAAUUCUAUAGCUGAACCAAAGUUUUGUCAUGUUUGUAUGUACUCAGUGCUGAUGUGAGGAACUGCAGAGUUGGAGUGUUUAUGUGUUAAGGAGACAUUGUUGCCAUGUUAGGAUAGUGUGGAGCUGGAGGAACACAGCAGGUCAGACAGCAUCAG